CCAGCCUCGUAACGUGAAUCACAUGUCGUUUUGUAGGGGGCGGGAUUUCUGUGCAGAUUGGUGGAGGGAGUCUGUCUUUGCAGAGCGAGAGAGGUAGGGAGACGAACGAGAGUGAGGGGGUUUCAGGGCACCAUUCGAGAGCGGACAGGUCUCUGAGGGCUUUGUUCUCUGGAUCUGUGACUCGCUGCUGGAUAGGCAUGAGCAACUAGGCAUGCGGCGCUCCAAGGGAAAUGGCUUCUGAACUGCCCACGUCUCGGUGCCCGCUGCAUGGCCUCCUCCUGUGAACAGGGACUGCACAAACAUUUAUGGGAUCUACUUACCUCCCCUCACUAAGGAUUUAAAACUCCCCUCCCUUUUUUUCCCCUUGGCCCCCCUCCCCCAUUUUUUUAAUUUUCCUGUCCCUGCCCCUUCUUGUCCAGUCCUUUUGAUCUCUGUACUGUCCCACGCGGAAGAAGGACACGGGGACGACUUUUCCCAGCCACGUACGCUUGAAGCGGGGCGGCCAGCCUAGGAAGGCCUGAUGGCGAACAACUCGUACAGUGGGGUGAAGAGCCCCCGAGCGCAGGCUAACCACGAUGGUGGGGACUUUGGAGUCACGCUCAAGGACCUGCGCUCGCUCAUGGAACUGCGGGGGACUGAGGGUCUUACCAAAAUCCAGGAAAACUACGGCGACGUUAACGGACUCUGCACCAGAUUGAAAUCAUCACCUAUAGAGGGUUUAAGUGGGCAGCCUGCAGACGUUGAGAAAAGACAAACAACGUUUGGACAGAACUAUAUACCUCCAAAGAAGGCAAAAACAUUUUUGCAAUUAGUUUGGGAAGCAUUACAAGAUGUGACGUUGAUUAUCUUAGAAGUGGCAGCCAUAGUUUCAUUAGGCCUUUCAUUUUAUAGACCUCCUGAGGCCGAACAUGUAGACUGCGGUAGAGCAGCCGGUGGCGUGGAGGAUGAAGGCGAGGCAGAAGCUGGUUGGAUUGAGGGUGCUGCCAUUCUGCUGUCGGUGGUCUGCGUGGUGCUAGUGACUGCCUUCAAUGACUGGAGCAAAGAGAAGCAGUUCCGUGGCCUCCAGAGCCGCAUUGAACAAGAACAGAAGUUCACCGUGGUACGGGGUGGACAGGUCAUCCAGAUCCCAGUGGCCGAUAUAGUGGUCGGGGAUAUAGCACAAAUCAAAUAUGGUGACCUUCUCCCUGCUGAUGGCGUCCUCAUCCAAGGGAAUGAUCUGAAGAUCGACGAGAGCUCGCUGACGGGCGAGUCCGACCACGUGAAGAAGACACAAGAGAAAGACCCCAUGCUGCUGUCAGGAACCCAUGUCAUGGAGGGCUCUGGGAAAAUGCUGGUCACUGCCGUGGGAGUCAACUCCCAAACUGGAAUAAUCUUCACUUUACUGGGUGCUUCAGAAGACGACGACGAUGAAGAAGAGGAGAAGAAGAAGAAAGAGGAGAAGAAGAAGGACAAGAAAAACAAAAAGCAGGAUGGCUCGGUUGAAAACCGAAAGAAAGCCAAAGCCCAGGAUGGAGCAGCCAUGGAAAUGCAGCCACUCAACAGUGAUGAAGGAGCUGAUGCUGAGGAGAAGAAGAAAAGCAAUCUGCCAAAGAAGGAGAAAUCUGUUCUCCAGGGGAAGUUGACCAAACUAGCUGUCCAGAUCGGCAAAGCUGGCCUUUUGAUGUCGGCCAUCACAGUUGUCAUCCUGGUGGUUCUCUUCGCCAUCGACACGUUCUGGGUGCAGGGCUUGCCGUGGGUUAAGGAGUGCACUCCCAUCUACAUCCAGUUCUUCGUCAAGUUCUUCAUCAUUGGCGUCACCGUGCUGGUAGUGGCUGUUCCUGAAGGCCUACCCCUGGCAGUCACCAUCUCGCUGGCUUACUCAGUUAAAAAAAUGAUGAAGGACAACAACUUGGUCCGGCACCUCGACGCCUGUGAAACCAUGGGCAACGCCACUGCCAUCUGCUCCGACAAGACAGGUACGCUGACUAUGAACAGGAUGACUGUGGUGCAGGCGUACCUGGCUGAUAAACACCACAGCAGGAUACCCGUGGCGGAUACCAUCCCAGCGACCAUCUUGGACCUGCUCAUUGUGGGCAUCAGUGUCAACUCUGCCUACACUACCAAAAUCAUGCCACCGGAGAAAGAGGGUGGCCUGCCUCGUCAGGUGGGCAACAAAACAGAAUGUUCCUUGCUGGGCUUUGUGUUGGACUUGAAAAAGGACUACCAAGCAAUACGGAACGAGAUCCCUGAGGAGAAACUCUACAAAGUCUACACCUUCAACUCUGUCAGAAAAUCCAUGAGCACCGUGCUGAAGAAUGCUGACGGAAGCUUCCGGAUGUUCAGCAAAGGCGCCUCAGAGAUUCUCCUCAAGAAGUGUUGUAAGAUCCUGACCGCCUCGGGUGAGGCACGGGUGUUCCGGCCUAGGGACCGGGAUGACAUGGUCAAGAAGGUGAUUGAGCCUAUGGCCUCAGAGGGCCUUAGGACCAUCUGUAUGGCCUACCGCGAUUUCCCCGCCACAGACGGAGAGCCGGACUGGGACAAUGAAACAGACAUCCUCACCAGCCUCACCUGCAUCUGCGUAGUGGGCAUCGAGGACCCGGUCAGGCCAGAGGUCCCUGAUGCUAUAAGGAAGUGCCAGCGUGCCGGAAUCACCGUGCGUAUGGUCACAGGGGACAACAUCAACACAGCCCGCGCCAUAGCAACCAAGUGUGGUAUCCUGCAGCCAGGCGACGACUUCAUCUGCUUAGAGGGAAAAGAGUUCAACCGCCGCAUCCGAAAUGAGAAGGGAGAGAUUGAACAAGAACGCAUUGAUAAGAUCUGGCCCAAGUUACGAGUGCUGGCCCGGUCCUCCCCCACAGAUAAGCACACGCUAGUGAAAGGUAUAAUCGACAGCACCGUCACAGAGCAAAGACAAGUAGUGGCGGUGACGGGAGAUGGCACCAACGACGGCCCCGCCUUGAAGAAAGCCGACGUCGGGUUUGCUAUGGGCAUCGCUGGCACAGACGUGGCCAAAGAAGCGUCGGACAUCAUCCUGACAGAUGACAACUUCAGCAGCAUCGUGAGGGCGGUGAUGUGGGGGCGUAAUGUCUAUGACAGCAUCUCCAAGUUCCUGCAGUUCCAGCUCACCGUCAAUGUGGUAGCUGUGAUCGUGGCCUUCACUGGAGCCUGCAUCACACAGGACUCUCCCCUGAAAGCGGUACAGAUGCUGUGGGUGAACCUGAUCAUGGAUACCUUCGCCUCCCUGGCGCUAGCCACCGAGCCCCCCACCGAGUCCCUCUUACUCAGGAAGCCUUAUGGACGCAACAAGCCUCUUAUCUCGAAGACCAUGAUGAAGAACAUAUUUGGCCAUGCCGUUUACCAGCUCACCAUCAUCUUCUCACUGCUCUUUGUUGGUGAGAAGAUAUUUGACAUCGACAGCGGCAGAAACGCCCCUCUCCAUGCCGGACCCUCCGAACACUAUACCAUCGUCUUUAACACCUUCGUCAUGAUGCAGCUCUUCAACGAGAUCAACGCCCGUAAGAUCCAUGGCGAGAGGAACGUGUUUGAUGGGAUCUUCAACAACCUCAUCUUCUGCAGCAUAGUCUUUGGCACCUUCCUCAUCCAGAUUGUCAUUGUGCAAUUUGGAGGGAAGCCCUUUAGCUGUGUUGGUCUCACUAUUGACCAAUGGCUCUGGUGCGUCUUCCUUGGCUUUGGCUGUCUCCUCUGGGGUCAGGUCAUCUCUUCAGUUCCCACGAGCUGGCUGAAGUUCCUGAGGCCGGCGGGCCACGGCACGCAGAAGGAUGAGAUCCCUGCCGAGGAACUGGAAGACAUGGAGGAAAUGGAGGAGAUCGACCACGCGGAGCGUGAGCUGCGCCGUGGCCAGAUCCUCUGGUUCCGUGGCCUCAACCGCAUUCAGACCCAGAUGGAUGUAGUCAAUGCGUUCCAGAGUGGCACUUCCUUUCAGGGGGCCCUCAGGCGCCAGCCCUCCAGCACCAGCCAACAGCACGAUAUCCGAGUGGUGAAUGCAUUCCGUAGCUCCCUAUGUCCUUAUGAUGGGCUGGAGAAGCCCGAGUCGCGUACCUCCAUCCACAACUUCAUGACACACCCAGAGUUCCGUAUCGAAGACUCCGAGCCGCACAUCCCCCUCAUCGACGACACGGACGCCGAGGAUGACGCCCCCACAAAGCGCAACAACAACAACGCCAGCGGCACCACUGCCUCACCCAGCCCCUCGCCGACCCCCACCCCGACCCCAACACCCCUGGCCACCACCCCACCUCCGCCCUCGCCCAACCAGAACAAUAACGCCGUGGAAAGCGGCCUGCACUUUUUCCUGGACGCCAACAGCGGCAAGCCCCGGGCCUCGCCGUCGGCCCCCGCCAGCCCUCUGCACAGCCUGGAGACCUCCCUCUGAUCCAGCGCCUCGCUCCCGAUCCCACCCACACUGCCCUCUCCACCAACAUGCCCCGAGAGGCAGGACUAACUGAGGCGGGUGGAAAGGAAGGCUUGACGGAUGGAGGAAAGGGGAGGCAGAGAGAGGGAGAGGGCGAGAGAGAGAGAGAGAGAGAGAGGUCAAAGUGGAAGGAGCCCCUGGCGGAGCAUCCUACUUGGAAAGCUCAGCCCAUGCUGGAUAGAAACCUAAGCACGCAUUUAGCCGAAUGUAGGGCCUCUUGUUUGGAUCUUUUUUUUUUUUUUUUUCUUUCUUAUUUUUAUUUUGGUAGUCAUUCUUAACACCUCUUCAAGAAUUUAAGGGUCUAAACUCUCUGGCUCGCUCUCUCAUUCUAUCUGCCUCCACUCCCCUCUCCUCAAUAAAUCUGUUUUAACUGCUA